CUCUUCUUUCCAAACCGCUACUUCUUCUUCUUCUUCUUCAACUCCAUUUCCUCAGAUCCACAUUUUCUCGAACCUUCUUCUCCUUCUUCUUCUUCAGCAAUGGCGAGCCUCCUCCACUUCUUCCUCCUCGCCUUCCUCCUACUCCAAUUCACUGCUUCUUCCUCUUCACCAACUCCAUCUCCCCAGCCAGAUUCCGAUUCACCAUCUCCCUCCUCCGAUUCACCUUCACCCUCCAAUGCCCCGCGGAUUUCACUCCCGCCCUCUCCCUCCGACGCUCCGGCGAACUCGCCGAAUUCCGCUUCACCUCCUGCCCCGCCGGCCUCCGAUUCUCCCUCGCCGCUCCCGGAUUCCGCUGCCGAUGCUCCCGCGCCGGCGCCGGGUGCCAGCGACGUCAACCACAGCGAUAUCAACACUGACGGAGGACCUAAAACGGCGUCGUCCGACGGAGGGAUGAGUGCGGGGAAGAAGGCCGGGAUCGGACUCGGAGUCAUCGUCGGGGUUGGGUUGGUCGGACUCGGAGCGUUGGUGUACAAGAGGCGCCAGGAUAACAUUCGCAGAUCUCAGUACGGUUACGCCGCCAGGAGAGAGAUGCUCUGAAGAUUCAGUUACAAGGUCACCUGUGAAUUUUUUUUACUGUUGCGGUUAUUAAAUCGUGUAGUAGUUUUUGUUAUUUACUGCGUUUGUUUAGUAUAUGAUUGGUUUGAGGUUUUGGGGAUAUGGUGAAAUUCAAUUCAAUUCGAUUCUUGAUUCUUUGGCGCGUCGGAGGUGGUGGUAGUUAGAUUCUCUUAUUAAUAUACUGAAAUUAGUCAAUAUUAGUCAUUGAUUAUGAUGUAUUUCGUUUUAUUAGUAUAAUAAAUGAUGGGUCUCUUCUACAUUUCGA